GAAUUGUACACAAAACCAUGUGUCAGGCUUACUCCCUUGAUUCACAGACUCGUCCUAAAAUCAAGGAUUGAUACCAAAAUAAUAUUCUCCUGCCCUAUUGACUCAGUGACAUUAUUAAUUUUAGAUUGAAAGCAGUAAAUUUUGCGUUGAGAGAAUGGAAGACACUCGUGCGGACGUGGAAUCAGCAAUUAAUAUCAAAGACGAGAAUUCUGAACGAAUUUCUAAUUCAGGUGAUGCUCAGGGUAAUCUUGAGUUGGAAAAAAUUGUGGGUAAUUUAAGUAAGAGACAGCUGAAGAGGAUAAAGAAAAAAGAGAUGUGGCUGUUAAGAAAGGCAGACAAGAGGCUUAAGGAACGACAGAAGACAAGAGAAAAAAGGGCAUUUGCUCGGGCAAAUAAUAUCGACUUGGGACCAUCGAGGAAGGCCUUGAAAAAAUGUACGAUGGCGGAUAGUCCUUGCAAAGUUACUGUUACCAUCGAUAUGUCGUUCGAUUCUCUCAUGAUCGAUAAAGAUAUAGCCAAAUUAAUUAAACAAAUUUUGAGGUGUUAUACGCUGAAUCGGCGGGCACUGGCUCCUGUGCAGUUCUCUGUUACUGGCUUCAGUGGCAAGUCCAAACAGGAGAUGGAGAAACACAAUGGAUAUCAGCAUUGGGAUGUAAAUUUCCAGUCGCAAUCGUACUUGGAGGUUUAUGACUCGAAGAAGAUUAUUUAUCUAACUUCAGAAUCGGAUAAUGUGAUCGAUACUUUGCAAGAAGAUUUUGUGUAUGUGAUUGGUGGACUAGUCGAUCAUAAUCAACAGAAGGGGUUAUGCCAUGAAUUAGCACAGAAAGCUAACGUAGCUCAUGCUCGUCUGCCCCUCGACAAAUUUCUUAAGAUGAAGAGUCGAAAAGUUUUAACGAUAGAUCACGUCUUCGAAAUUCUCCUGAGGGUGACGGAAGGCAUCACCUGGCAAGACGCCUUUCUGCAGGUCCUUCCCCUCCGCAAAAACGCUGAACCCAUGUCGUCCCCAGAAAAUGUCCCCUCUGAGACUGUCACCCUAGACGUCACUGGAUCACCCGAAAAAAUGGACUCCAAAUAGGUACACGAAUAUUGAAAUUUUUUAUUCCUCCUCCCAAAAACGUACAUGUGAACGUCAUCACAUAUAAUCUAGCCACAUAUUUAAAAAUAUAUCGAUACGCAUACAGAACGUGUAUGUACAUAUAUUCAUAUAUGUAAAAAUUUUGAAAUCAUACGUGCGAAUAAAUAACUUCUAUCAUAAUUUCUGUAGCCAAAUGAAGUGAGAUAAGUCAAAUUUACAAUUAGUCUUAAUUAUUCAUGGUUUAUAUCUGGAAACAGUUAACAUGAAUGUAAUUUUGGAUUUAUCUCAAUUAACCAUUUGGUUACUGAUUUUUCCAUCGGUCGUAGACACUCGUUUUGAGGAAGUAUAAGCAUUAAGCGUCAUGUCUCCACGAGAAAUUCUCGUUGUUCCACUCAAUAUUAGGCAUUUUUACAAAAAAAAAAUACCGGAUUCAAACCGCCUCUUGUAUCGACUGUACAGGGAAAUUAAACAGGCCUUCGAAUGCGUGGAUAAUUGCGAAAAUAAAAUCAUUUAUGGGUGAGACCCUUUGUACAAAGUGGUUGAUUGAUUUUUUAUUGACAGGAUCUCCGCCAAUAUCAAUUUAUCUCUUGUCUGUCCCUUAAUCACAUCUAAUGAAACAAAUCCAGUAGCGAAAUAGUAUACCAAUCGAAUUUUCUGUCCUUAAUUAUCGUUACAUCCAAAAGCUAUCGAUUUGACAAGGAAACGUUAAAAUCAAUCAUUUCCCAAAUAAAUCGAUAUAUUUCAGAACUCAUCUCACUCUACCACUUUGCUACAGAAUUUGUUCGGUGAAAAAGAAAUAGUUUUUUAUUAGACAUAAAUUCCUCAGCGGGUGAAAAAUAUUCCUGAGCACGAAUCAUCAAUUAAUUCGUCAAUUCGUAAAAUCAAUAGUUAUAUCUAAAUUGCUGAUCGCCAUUAAUUCCUGUUGAGGCACAAUCAACAUUCAUAAU